AAACAGAAGGACUGUAGCGAUGGCGGAGGAGGAGGUCAACUAUGCUUCAGUUGUUUUCAAAACUAAGAAGCAUUCCCCAUCUGAAGCCCAGUCGUCAAUUGUAUGGCUGGAUCUGUAUGUGAUCAUCCUCUUCAUGUGAUUUCUUGCACUGGUAUUUUCUUCAGUAAAACUGCUAAUAAGGAGGAGGAAACUGUGUACAGUGAUGUGAAGGUGCGAAGCAAAACAACCGAAAAGACUGCUGACACAAACAGACUUUUGCCAGACAAGAAAACAAACAGCAGAGGUCGCUGCUAUCAGCAGGUGGCUUGUUGUUUGGGGAUUCUUUGUGUCAUUUUGCUGUUGGGCAUCAUAGCAGUCUGUGUCUACAAAAACCAGAUCCUGACAACACGAAACCAGGAGCUGGAGACACAGAACCAGGAUCUGGAGUCACAGAGGAACAACUUAACAGAACAAAUACAAAACAAGUGGAAUGAGCUCAACGUCAGUCGAGCUCAGUGGAGCAUUGAUGCCUACUGCCCAAAACCAGAAAACCAAAACAGACAGUGUAAAGCUUGUCAGGAUGGUUGGAUACUCUCAGAAUCCAGCUGCUAUGGGAUUAAUAACCCUGAUGUUCCUGGUCAGAAAACCUGGGAAGAAGCUCGAGAAAACUGCAGAGGAAAGAUUUCAGAUCUGGUUGUUAAACUUGAUCAAAAGGAGAAGGAAUAUGUCGACUUUAACUGGGGCGAAUUAGGCUACUGGAUUGGCCUGAGAGUUGAAGCUGGAAAUUGGAUGUGGAUCAAUGGAACUUUUCUAAAGACUCAAGACUACUGGGACAGAAACACCUUCUGGUGAAGCUCAUUGUGUGAUUUCUAUCGGAGGGACACCUUCCAAGAAAUGGGAAGCUGUGAAGUGUGAUGAGAAACAUCGAUGGAUCUGUGAGAAGAAAGCUUUAUCUGUUUAAGAUCUGUAAUCAGAACUGAAGAGAUUACUGGAUAGUCUGCACAGAUGAAUGACGCGUACAAUAACAUCAGCUGGCUUGUAAAAAAGAAAAUGUGUAAAAAUUUCUACUUCAGAAUUUGUUGAAUUUAAUUUCAAAAUGUACGUACAAGAGAUUUUAUUUUUCCAAGAUGCUUGUGUAUGGUGAUUCUGCAUGUGUGUGUAUCACAAAAAGACACACUAACAGAUUUAAAUGUGUAUAUAUGUGUGAUACAGUUUUGGAUUAUUGAUACUGUGAGUCUGACUAUAGACCAGUUUGUAGUAAAAUACAGUGAUGACUAUACCGGGGGAGCUGAAGAGCAAAUAACAUCAAAUGUGGAUUUCUUCUUCUUUGAUGAAGCCACAAUAAUGAAAUGUUGAAUAUCAGGAUAUGAUGAGAUCUAAGAGAGGAAGCUUUAAACUGUUCAGAGUCUCCAUAAAACCUGUCUAUUGUCAUUGUAACAUUUAAAUUGUUAAUACUGAUUUACCAACAGGAAGUGAUUUCAAACUCUACAAAAUGUUUCCAGGUCUGUUUUAAUAAACAUCUGUAUUUUUAAGUAAACAAUAAAAGUAUAUGUAGAGGUGACAGGUUUGAUCUUAUCCAUCAUAUAGUUGUCAUGCUGUUCAUCAUAUAGUUUAGUUAGUGUGACUGCAGAUAUUUGUUUUCAUCAUUGUUCGUCACAAAUAAAUUGUCUUCACAAUUUCAAGUACAAUA